GCCGGGUGGCUCUAGCGCCGGGCCGGUGGAGCGGCACCGCGGCCGCGAUGGCGGCGGCGGAGGAUGAGGAUUUCGUGCUGGCGCUGCAGCUCCAGGAGCUGUGGGAAGCGGAGGAUAAGGAGGCGGCAGCGGCGGCAGCAGCGGCGUGCCCUGAGGCCUCGCCGGCCCCUGAGGCCUGGCCGGCGCCCUCGCCGCUCCGCCCGCUGUCGGUGGUGGAUGAGGCCUGGGAGCUGCUGGACCCCAGCCCCGACGUGCACGGCCUCUUCGUGCAGUUCAACGAGACGCUCUUCUGGGGCCGGCUGGCGGCUGUGGAGGUGUCGUGGAGCCCACGCAUGACCCUCUGUGCUGGAAUCUGUAGAUAUGAAGGAAGAGGUGGAAUGUGUUCCAUUCGUCUAAGUGAGCCGCUCCUGAAGUUAAGACCAAGGAAGGAUCUCGUUGAGACGCUGUUGCAUGAAAUGAUCCAUGCUCUGCUUUUUGUUACUAAUAAUGACAAAGAUCGUGAAUCUCACGGGCCAGAGUUCUGCAAACACAUGCGUCGCAUUAAUCGCUUGACUGGAGCCAAUGUCACAAUCUGUCAUACUUUUCAUGAUGAGGUAGAUUUGUACCGCCAGCACUGGUGGCGAUGCAAUGGCCCCUGUCAAAAUAGAAAACCUUAUUUCGGGUACGUGAAACGUUCGAUGAAUAGAGCACCCUCUGCACGAGACUUUUGGUGGGCUGAGCAUCAAGAGACGUGUGGAGGUACAUUCACAAAAGUGAAGGAGCCAGAGAACUUCUCUAAGAAAUCCAAGGAGAAAACCCAACCAGCUAAACUUCCAAAUUCUGAGCCAACUAACAAAGGCAAGACGCAAACACAUGAUACGCAAGAUCUGAUGCCUUUUAGUGGAAAGGGAUAUCGGCUUGGAGGAGGAGACAGUGUACUCUCAGAAAAAAGCAUAAAUUCCAGCAGCAGUGUUAGAAACAGUGACACACCUGGUUCACAGCAUCGUUCAGCAGUAAAGACAAUACCAAUCCCUAAAAAUGAGAUAAAAUUUGAAAAAUCGCCCCGUAGUGGCAUCUUCUUUCCAUUUUAUACUGACGACGCCAGUGAGAAAAUCAACUUGGCUUCGAAGCGUGAGUUUCCGAAACCCUCUGUUGCUAAUACAAAAGCUUACAAGAGUGUUGGUGGAUCGCCUGUUAAAAUUGCUCCUGUUAUGGAAGAAAAAUCAAACCAAGGUUCUGCAAAGGGCAAGAGGCUUAUUCCGUUUCAUGAGAGGCCACCAAAACAAGUUUGUUUUGAGCGGACAACAACAGCUGAGGUUGCAACAGAGAAAAAAAGCUCAGAAUCUAUUAAUACACUGCAGCAAUGGCCAAAAACGGAAGACAAAACUGCUUUUGAAAACUAUUUCAUUAAAAAAGGGAGCAGUGAUACUCCUUCAAGUAUAAAUACACCUAUGAAAAUCAAAACUGAAUGUACAGUGUCCUCUGCAAGUUCUAGUGCUGCUGUAAGGCAGGAUAAAAAAGUCAGUUGUCCUGUUUGCCAGGCUGAGGUUUUGGAGUCUAAAAUAAAUGAGCACCUUGAUUCUUGUCUUGCAUAAAACCUUUCAGAAAGCUGUCUCAAAAAGAUAAACCAAGGCUGAAAACGUUGCUUGAGAACUACUUUGCUCAGGGUUUGCUUAGCUGUGGUUAUUUCACUGUGUGCCUGUCCUGAACUGGAAUGUAAACUGCUGUCAGCAUGCUGAACAACAAGUUCUGUGGAGGUGCACAUCAGCACUGACUAGGAAGCUUGCUGCUACUCAUGUUCCAAAGAAUCAAACACUCAUGUUUUAGUAGGUGGAUGUUUCUGCCGACGUUCUUGCUGCAGAAUCUGAGUAAUACAAGAGAAAGUGGAUACUUGCCAAACUGCAUGUUUUCAAGGCAGUUUUUAAAAUCAAGAUAUUUUCAAUCCUGCUAUUUUUUUCUUUGUUCUUAAGACCCCUUUGUGGUGUUUUUUUAAGUGUUUUGUGCCAUUCUUAAUGCUAACCACUUAUAAUAGAUAAAAAUUGUUCUGUUUACUGCAAUGUAAUUAAGUGGCAGGUAUUUUUAGAGUAGUAAAUAUUUUACAUAAGCCACAACUACACUCUCAGGUGGCCCUUCUCACCUGUGACCUUUUUGAAAACAUAGAUGAGAGUAAGAAUCUCAAAUAGAGACUUAUGUCAAAGAUGGGAGAGGCACAGGUAUCAAAAACAUAGCAAAGCAUCCGUUUGGAUUUAAUGGGUGGGUUGUGGCAGGAAAAGAGAAAAUCCGGAAGGGCAAUGAGGGUGCUGGGAAAUCAAGCACAAGAUACUUGUUUUCAAAAAGGAUUUAAAAGUUAGCUGUACUGUUAAUAGUUGGAGUGGUCAAAUUACAUGUGUCUUACUGUCUCUUGUUCUAGGAUCCCAGCUAGACUCUCCACCCACUUUCUCUGACUGUUUGCACAAACUCUGUGUUGGAAGUUCACUAGUUUUUAGGAUAUAGAUAUUAUGUGCAUGAGAGACUGAUCCCCCCAUGCUGAUACUCAUAAGUAAAAUGUUGUGAGGAAUAUUGGAAGCAAUACUGGUAAAGACUGUUCCUGGCUGUAUCAUAAAAGCCUUUGUGAUUUUUUCAGUUAAACUUCCAGUGCUUUACAGCCCAAAAUGGCAUUAUCUUGACUGAGCUGACAGUCUUUGUUUUGCUGCUUCUGGAAGCCAGUGAGCUCAGUGGUUGGUAUCCAACAAGCCAGCAAGUUGAGUACUAAAACCAUUCUGCUGUGAAAAGUUCUGAACGCUGAGCAGAUGUGUUUUCUGUAUAAACUUUCUGAAAAUGUUAACAGUUCUCAUGCUGCACUGAAAGUAUUUAACUGGUUAAACAGUUAACCGCUUGACUCUUUACUUGGAAAGCUGAUGAUAAAUAUUUUUGUUUAAAAAAAGAAAAAAAAUAAUUAUGCUCUUUCAUAUAUUGUUGCUACAACUUUAAAUGGCUAUAUUAGCCUCAGAUGCACAUAUGUUUGCCUUUAUAUAAUCAACUACUUGCUGCUCCCUUUUGAAGUUGGGAAAUAAACUGAUGUGCAAUGGGAUUUGGCAAAUGAUACCUUUACUCUUCUUAAACAUUGGUAUAUUUUUUUGAAAUACUGAUGCUACAGAUAUUUAAUGUCGAUUGGAUUGUUCUUAUAUAUUCUGAAUAAAUUGGUACUGAAUUUUAACUUUUCA